AUGACCCAGACCCUCGACAAAAGAGAAGACCCUCUUAACCUUGGCGGAGGCUGGGCAUCAUCCGCCCCGUUUCGCACCUGGUCUUCCUGCAACCGAAGGCGCAGGAACGCCCCGAUUUACAAGCGGCGGCACCGCUAUGGCCCCAAGGCCGAGUAUGAGCCCCCCAGGAAACAACCGAAGCAACAGCACGGCCAGGGCCCGUGGUUCCAACCACCUCGAAGUUCCAAUUGGGCUAUGUAUUCUAACUGGGGGCGCUGGGGAGGGCCCUGGUGCCCACCUCCGGCGGGAUUCUGGAAGCCCCCGGGCCGGGUGCAAGUGAUCCGAGUGUAUGGCUUGCACCCUCUCUGCCUUUGCUGCUGCUCCUGCUGGCGCGGGCCCUGGAAUCCCUGCUGGGCGAGGCCCCCUGGCAGGAAGAAGCGCUGGGGCCGGAGGGGCCGCGGCCUGCGCCGCCACCCUCGCCGUUCCUUCCCGAGGAGCCCACCCGUGGAUCUGAGCACGCUGCUGCGGCCGGUCAACCUGUACGGGUGGCGGGCACCAGGCAUGCGGGCACCACGCAACACCACCCAAUUCAUCAUGAACCAGAUCUACGAGGAUAUGCGGCAGCAAGAGAAGCUGGAGCGCCAGCAGGAGGCGCUGCGGGCGCAGCAGGCCCAGGAGGGCGGCCUGACCUCCCCAGCGGGCUCCUCUGGAAACGACGCGCCCCCCAGCGGCGGCGAGGAAGACGCGGAGCUGCCGGAGUCGCUGUACAGCUGUAUGCAGAAUCCCUCCCUAGUCUUCAGUCCUGAACCAGUGGAGGAAAACCAGUCACCCGCUCCACCACUGGCGGAGGAAGAGGAGAAAAAUGACGAGGAGAGUGACGAGGAGGAGUGUGAUGGAAAGGAGGAAGAGAGCGAGGAGGAGAGCGAGGGAGAGGAUGAUGAGGCAGAAGCCCAGGACGAAGAUGAGGUGGAGGAAGGAGAGGAGGGGGAGACGGAAGUGGAAGAGGAAGAGGAAGAAGAGGAGGAGGGGCUGGAGGAGGAUGAGCAGAGAGAGGAAGAGGAUCAUUUGCCCCUGGAAAUGCCUUUGUCAUUCCUAGUGGGGGCUGACGAAGAGAGAGAGAACUUUAUAAACUGUCCUUAUUUAAGCCCCAAACAGAUCAUUCCCAAAGUGCCACAGGAAGCGCUCCUGUUGUUACAGGACAUUAACUGUUAG